GACAUUGUUUACGGGAACACACAUCCUGACAGCUGGUUUGAGAAGAGAAGACGUGUACUUUCUCUACCGAUUCCUCUUUUGAAUUUUUAAAAAUAUUUUUAUAUCAUUGGUAUUUCUUUCACAUUAUUUAGCCUUCGUCUGUUUUCCAAAUGGCGACAGUGGAGGAGCUGAAGUUGAGGGUGAGAGAGUUGGAGAAUGAGCUGAUAAAGUGUAAGCAGAAGCAGCAGGGUACCACGGAAGAUGCUCACAGCCACGCACUAAAUAGACCGAAAAUUAACAAAAUGAGCGCCGAAGUUGUGGAUUCCAACCCGUACAGUCGCCUCAUGGCUUUAAAGAGAAUGGGCAUCGUGGAUGAUUACGAGAAAAUUCGGACAUUCACAGUAGCUGUGGUUGGAGUUGGAGGAGUUGGCAGUGUGACAGCUGAAAUGCUCACUAGAUGUGGCAUUGGUAAGUUGCUCCUUUUUGACUACGAUAAAGUAGAGCUUGCCAAUAUGAACAGGCUGUUCUUCCAGCCCCACCAGGCAGGCCUCAGCAAAGUGGAAGCAGCAGAACACACACUCAGAAACAUUAAUCCAGACGUGUCAUUUGAAACUCAUAACUACAAUAUUACUACAAUGGAUAAUUUUACACAUUUCAUGGAUCGCAUCAGUCAUGGAGGUCUGGAAGAAGGGAAACCAGUGGAUUUGGUCCUGAGCUGUGUGGACAACUUUGAGGCUCGAAUGGCCAUCAAUACAGCCUGCAAUGAACUAGGUCAGAUCUGGAUGGAGUCUGGUGUCAGUGAGAAUGCUGUGUCAGGGCACAUCCAGCUCAUCAUUCCUGGAGAGACGGCCUGCUUCGCUUGUGCUCCUCCACUUGUGGUGGCAGCCAACAUUGAUGAGAAAACCUUAAAACGGGAGGGUGUGUGUGCUGCCAGCUUACCAACAACCAUGGGUGUCGUGGCAGGCCUCCUUGUGCAAAAUGUCCUCAAGUAUCUGCUAAAGUUUGGUACUGUCAGUUAUUAUCUUGGCUACAAUGCCAUGCAGGACUUCUUCCCUGCCAUGGCCAUGAAAGCCAACCCCCAGUGCAGUGACCGUCACUGCAGGAGACAACAGGAGGAAUACAAGAGGAAAGAAGCAGAGCAGCCCAAAGUGAUAGUAGUACAGGAAGAAGAGGAGGUGAUACAUGAAGAUAAUGAAUGGGGCAUUGAACUGGUAUCAGAAGUGACUGAAGAAGAGCUAAAGGCUGCAUCAGGUGCUGUGCCUGACCUCCCAGAAGGCAUCACUGUGGCGUAUACCAUUCCAACUGAGGAAGCAGCAGAUGGGCAGACUGUGGAGGAGAGCGAGCAGAGCCUAGAAGAAUUAAUGGCUCAGAUGAAAAAACUGUAGGCAACAAUCUGAAAGAGCAUUUCUGCUGUUUAAUAGAAGACUAACCUUUUCUUGCGUGCCCAUUC